AGUGGAUCCGCAUGCAAUCCCACUUCGCAGAACCGUCUCCGUGAUCCCAUUCGAUUACCCGUUAGAAACCGGCAUCCACUUAAAGUGAAUUCCAUCCUGUUCCUGCGGACCAUCACACCGCACGCAUGACGUCCCAACGCAUUCCCAAUGCCUUUAAAACUUUCGGAGCCCAAAAGAAGCGAAGAAGGCGAGACCAAGUGAGAGAAAGAGGGUUACGUCGUCGUCUUCUCUGUCACUCUCUUAACGUCAUCGGUCUCAUCCUUCCUCGCUUCCUUCUCGUCCCAUUCCCAUGUCCGUCCCCAAAAAGCCCCUCCUCAAACCCUUCUUCCUCCUCCUCCUCUUCCUCUCCUUACUCCUCUUCUUCCACCUCUACCUACAAUCAAAGAAAACCCCGAUCUCCUCCGCCAUCGUCCCCUCCUCCACCGCCGCGCUCAUCCGCAUCCGACCGGGCUUCCGCUCCUACGACGACUACAUCAAGCUGCAACUGAACAAGACCCUCAACCCCCGGCUCCGCCACUUGUGGGCGACCCGCGACUGGGACCGCAAGGUCCGCGUAUUCUCUCGGUUCUUCGCCGACCUGGCCGCCGAGGGCCUCCUCUCCAACGCCUCCGCGGCGCUCUGCGUCGGAGCCCGCCUAGGGCAGGAGGUGGCGGCGCUGCGAGGGCUGGGCGUGGGGGGCGCGCUGGGGAUGGACCUGGUGCCGGCACCGCCGCUGGUGGUGGCCGGCGACUUCCACGCGCAACCCUUCCCGGACGAGUCCUUCGACUUCGAGUUCUCCAACGUGUUCGACCACGCGCUGUACCCGGAGCGGUUCGCGGCGGAGGUGGAGCGAACGCUGCGGCCGGGUGGGGUGGCGGUGUUGCAUCUGGCGGUGCACCGCCGCGGCGACAAGUACUCCGCCAACGACCUCCUCGGGGGGGUCGAUGGCCUCGUCGCCCUCUUCAACCACUCCGAGGUGGUCCGCGUCCGCAAGGUCGACGGCUUCGGCCUCGACACCGAGGUGGUCCUCCGGAAGACGAACACGAAGAGUAACAAACCAACAACUAAAUCAAAAUAGAGGAUAAUUAUGGUUUGUCGCUUCGAGUGAAGGUUUUGUGGAUUAAAGCGGCUCAUUCAUUGCUUUUCCAUUUUGUUCUCGUGAUCUGUUGUCUUUCCUUUAGCUGCUAUAGUCCUGAAAGCACUUGAUUUUUAUCAUCUGUAUCCAAUGAUUCCUCAACCUUUUAUUCCCUGACCGACGUAAAGUUAUUGCGGAGAGAAGCUUUGCUUCCUCCCCAACACAUUGAAUGGGCGGUCACCCACAGAAAAGACGACUCAUUAAACCUCGAUGAAUGUAAGGGAGGAUAAAUAGGAGUUUUAGAUAUCUUUCCUUUCAACAUUUGGAAAUAGUAUAUUUGUCACUUCAAA